UGGGUGCGCUUCCCCCGACCUCUUGGCUGGAGGAUGUCCGGCGCCGGCGGGCACUAGCUCGGAGAAGAUGGACGCAGAGGAGCCGCCGUGCGCCAGCUCGUCCCCCGAGAAACGCUACUUUCCCGACUCCCUGGACUCCAGCGACGGCGGCGAGGACGGGGCGCUGGCCUGCGAGGACCUGGAACUGAACCCCUUCGACGGGCUGCCCUAUUCGUCCCGCUACUACAAACUCUUGAAAGAGAGAGAAGAGCUGCCCAUAUGGAAGGAGAAGUACUCGUUCAUGGAGAACCUGCUUCAGAACCAGGUCGUCAUCAUCUCGGGAGACGCCAAGUGCGGCAAGAGCUCGCAGGUCCCGCAGUGGUGCGCCGAGUACUGCCUCUCUGUCCACUACCAGCACGGCGGGGUGGCCUGCACGCAGGUCCACAAGCAGACGGCCAUCCAGCUGGCCCUGCGGGUCGCCGAUGAGAUGGACGUCAACAUCGGGCACGAGGUCGGCUACGUGAUCCCCUUUGAGAACUGCUGCACCAGCGAGACCAUCCUGAGGUACUGCACGGACGACAUGCUGCAGCGGGAGAUGAUGUCCAGCCCCUUCCUGGGCAGCUACGGCGUCAUCGUGCUGGACGACGUGCACGAGCGCCGCAUCGCCACCGACGUGCUGCUGGGGCUGCUCAAGGACGUGCUGCUGGCGCGGCCCGAGCUGAAGCUGGUCAUCAACGCCUGCCCGCGCCUGGCGCCCGCCCUGCGCGCCUACUACGGGCCCGUGCCGCUGCUGGAGGUCCGGAACCAGCACCCCGUGGAGGUGGUGCACGUCGGCGGCGGCGCCCACGGCCACUCCCUGCAGCCCGCGCUGAGCCUCAUCUUCCAGAUCCACCGCUCGGGCGAGAGCGGCGACAUCGUGGUGUUCCUGGCCUGCGAGCAGGAUAUCGAGAAAGCCUACGAGAUUGUCUGUCGCGAAGGGUCAGACUUGAACCCCGACCUCGGGGAGCUGGUGGUGGUGCCGCUGCUGCCCCAGGAGCGGUGCACGCUGUUCAAGCCGGGCGAGGAGCCGGGACCGCGAGGGCCUCCGGGCCAGCGCCGCGUGGUGCUGACGGCCAGCCCGGGCGAGUCGCUCAUCUGCGGCCACUCCGUGCGCUUCGUGAUCGACAUGGGCGUGGAGAGGCGGAAGGUGUACAACCCUCGAAUCCGGGCUGACUCACUCGUCCUGCAGCCCGUGAGCCAGAGCCAGGCCGACAUCCGCAAACAGAUCCUCAGUGCCUCGUCUUCAGGCAAGCUGUUCUGCCUGUAUUCAGAAGAGUUCGCCGCCAGAGACAUGCUGCCCCUGAAGCCGGCCGAGAUGCAGGAGGCCAACCUCACCAGCCUGGUGCUGUUCAUGAAGCGGGUGGACAUCGCCGGCCUCGGCCACUGCGACUUCAUGAAUAGGCCAGCCCCCGAGAGCCUGAUGCAGGCGCUGGAGGACCUGGACUACCUGGCCGCGCUGGACAACGACGGCAACCUGUCCGAGUUCGGCAUCAUCAUGUCCGAGUUCCCGCUCGACCCGCAGCUCUCCAAGUCCAUCCUGGCGUCCUGCGAGUUCGACUGCGUGGACGAGAUGCUGACCAUCGCCGCCAUGGUGACAGCCCCGCCGUGCUUCUCAUAUCUGCCACCGGAGUCCGAGGCGGGGGCCCCGCCGCGCUGGAAGAUGUUCCUGCACCCGGACGGGGACCACUUCACCCUCAUCAACAUCUACAAGGCCUACCAGGACACGGCCCAGAGCUCCGCCAGCGAGCACUGCGUGGAGACGUGGUGUCACGACCACUUCCUCAGCAGCUCGGCGCUCAGGAUGGCCGAGGUCAUCCGCGCGGAGCUCGUGGAGAUCAUCAAGCGCAUCGAGUUGCCCUACGCCGCGCCCGCCUUCGGCUCGCCGGAGAACACCCUGAACCUCAAGAAGGCGCUGGUGUCCGGCUUCUUCAUGCAGAUCGCGCGGGACGUGGACGGCUCGGGCAACUACCUGAUGCUGACGCAGAAGCAGGUGGCCCAGCUGCACCCGCUGUCGGGCUACGCGGUCACCAAGAAGAUGCCCGAGUGGGUCCUCUUCCACAAGUUCAGCAUCUCCGACAACAACUACAUCCAGGUCACCUCAGAGAUCUCCCCAGAACUGUUCAUACAGCUGGCGCCUCAGUACUACUUUAGUAACCUACCUCCGAGCGAAAGCAAGGACAUCCUCCAGCAAGUCAUGGACCACACGUCCCCGACGGCCGCGGGGAGGAAGGAGCCGAGCGUGUGCGAGCCCGGCCCGGACACCCCCGAGCAGAGGUGCACGGUCCAGUGACCAGCCCUCCUGCCGACGCCGGGGCCCGCCCGGGACAGUCCCAGAAAACUAACUUUGUAUAGUAUUUAAAAAUAAAAAUAGACUUUUUAUUGUGUUCUUUAA